CCACUUUGAAUUUUACCGACGUCUCCCCACAUAGAUUUUGCACACUCCCAAUAAUUCUUUUCCAAACAUUCCCAAUAGCAACUUCGUCGACAAUUUUCGGACUUCCUUCAACACCAAACACCAUCCGACUAACCCACAGCCAAUACCGCCAAAAUGGGUCGCGUUCGUACGAAGACUGUCAAGAAGUCCGCCAAGGUCAUCAUUGAGCGAUAUUACCCCAAGCUCACUCUCGACUUCGAGACCAACAAGCGAGUCUGCGAUGAGAUCGCCAUCAUCGCCUCCAAGCGCCUUCGCAACAAGAUUGCCGGCUACACUACGCACUUGAUGAAGCGAAUUCAGCGAGGACCCGUCCGUGGUAUCUCCUUUAAGCUGCAAGAAGAGGAGCGUGAACGCAAGGAUCAAUACGUCCCCGAGGUUUCCGCUCUCGACUUUACCCAGAACACCGAGGCCGGCCAGCUCGACAUCGAUGUCGAGACUAAGGACCUGCUCAAGCACCUUGGCUUCGAGAACGUCCCUGUCAACGUCGUCCCCGUUACCCAGACCCAGGUCGCCGAGCGACCUCGACGAUUCGGUGACCGCGCCCCCCGAUAAAUCAGUGCGACAAACGUGAUGGGUUCAUGAAUGAGGAUGGGUAUGGUGGUUGAUUUGGGCAACUGGCAUCGGUAUCAUAUGGCUUUACGGCUUACGGCGUCUCUACUACGAAGAUAGUAGGUCCAUUCUAGAUCCGCAAUUGACGAGAUCUUUCCCACACAAGGUGUCCCCGAUUCUCCGGUGCAAACCGGAGAUGACGGUUGAUGGCCAACUUUUAUCCUCUCCCGUUCACUUGUGACUUGCU